CUCAGUUCUCGUCUAUCAAUCUUCUUCUGUUUCAAGCUGAACAAGAUGAGCAUGUUCUUCUUGUUCUUGCUCCUCCUAUCACUCUCACCCUCUGUUUCACUAGCCAGCUCAAGUAUAAGUAGCGGCAAUGAAGCUGCAACUAAGCAACCCAACAACCCAUUCACACACAAAGCCUCACUGAUCCGCUACUGGGACACUCACAUCUCCAACCAUCUCCCAAAACCAACCUUCCUCUUCUCCAAAGCCUCAACCCUAAACCCAGUCGAAUCGGCAAAACUCACCAAACUCGCCGCCGACAACUCACUCUCCUCCCACUUCACCUCCUUCUGCUCCCUUGCCAACCUCUACUGCUCCUUUGAGGCAUCUUCCGGUGAGCAACUCGCUACGUCCCGAUCCAAAGACUCAAACUUCGUCGGCUACGCAAACAAGAACUUCGCCAACUACGGCACCUCCAAGCUCGGCGGCGCCGACUCCUUCAAGAACUACUCCGGCGACCUGAACUCCCCCCAUGACUCGUUCACCAAGUACAGCAAAGCCUCCCACUCACACAGCGAACACUUCACCAGCUACGCCCACGACGCCAAUGUCGCCAACGACACCUUCACCAACUACGCAGCCAGCGCCGUCUCCGGAUCCGGUGACUUCAGCAGCUACCACGACCGUGUCAACGUCCCCAAUCUUCGGUUCGCUUCCUACGACUCGAGCUCCAACAACCACAAGCUCUCCUUCACCUCCUACAGCGACGACACCAACGCCGGGUCUGAAACGUUCACCAGCUACGGCAAGAACGGCAAUGCCAACCCGAACGAGUUCAACAGCUACGCCGGAAAUGCCAACAUCGUCGGGUCAGGUUUCACGGGUUACGGAGAGUCCGGGAAAGGAGCUAACGACUCGUUUAAAGGGUACGGUCUCUCCGGUAAUAACCCGCACAACAAUUUCAAGAGCUACGGAGCCGGCGGGAAAUCAGGGACCGAUAGCUUCUCGAGUUACCGGAACGGCGCAAACGUCGGCGACGAUUCGUUUCAGUCUUACGCGAGGAAUGGCAACUCCGGGAAAGUGACUUUCUCAAAUUACGGCAAGUCGUUUAAUCUCGGAAAUGAUUCGUUUAAAGAGUACGGAGCCGGGUCGACGGGUCGGAGAUCUAUCGGGUUCAAAUCCUACACCCUGGGCCGCUCGUUCAAAGAGUACGCCAAAACCGGGGUCACUUUUGCCGAGUAUACCAACUUCACCACCGUUGCAACCGUGACUGAAGAAAAGAGUGGAAGUAGUAGUGGCAGUUCUGUAAAUAGAUGGGUUGAGCCGGGUAAGUUCUUUAGAGAAUAUAUGUUGAAGCAGGGGAAUGUAAUGGUGAUGCCCGACCUUAAAGACAAGAUGCCGGAAAGGUCGUUUCUGCCCCGGACUAUUUUGUCCAAGUUACCGUUUUCCACAUCAAGGAUGUCGGAGCUAAAGGAGUUGUUUCAUGCUACCGACAACUCCGCCACGGAACGGGUGAUAGUAGAUGCGCUGACUGAGUGCGAGAGGGCCCAGAGCCCCGGGGAGACUAAGUGUUGCGUGGGCUCGGUCGAGGAUAUGAUAGACUUCUCGGUAUCAGUCCUAGGGCACAAUGUGGUGGUCAGGACUACGGAGAAUGUGAGCGGGUCCAAGAACAAGGUCAUGAUCGGAAAAGUUAGCGGGAUCAACGGGGGACGAGUGACGGAAUCGGUUUCGUGUCAUCAGAGUUUGUAUCCGUAUCUACUGUAUUAUUGCCACUCUGUACCAAAGGUUAGAGUGUACGAGGCCGAUAUCAUUGACGUGGAGAGCCGAGAAAAGAUCAAUCAUGGUGUUGCAAUUUGUCAUCUUGACACAUCGUCAUGGAGCCCGGAACAUGGUGCAUUUGUGGCAUUAGGGUCCGGUCCUGGAAAAACUGAAGUGUGCCACUGGAUUUUUGAAAACGACAUGACGUGGACAAUAGCAGAUUAAAGUCCGUAAUGUUUCGUGUUACAAACUACGGAGCCUACUUGAUUUGUUGUGUCUGAAGCCUUUUGAUUUGGCAAUUUGAUUGUAUUUGCCUUCUUUUGCU